AUGGCGAGCCCCGACCGGGCUUCAAGGAACCUGCAGCUGAGCCAAAAUCGUACGAGCUUGGCGUUCAGAUUCCUCUUCCAAGCGCAGCCCGCGGCCCGCCCGCUCGCCUCGUGGACGCCUGGCCCUCGCUGGCACCCAAAGCGCGCGGCGGGGCUGCCCCCGGGCGCCCGCGCGGCCGCCGCGGAGCCAGCAGCUGGCAGCCAGGGUUCGGAGCCACGAGCGUGCCGCCCCGUGGGCCCGGGGAGCGUGCCCACAGCGCGCCACCGGGCCAACCUCGGAACGCGAGGCGCGGGCCCGCCGCGGCCGUUCCCGCGAUGGCGGAGCGGCCCGCCGGCCGCCGCGCCGAGCUCGACCUCCUGAAGGAUAAGCUCGCGGAGCAGAGGUCCGUCCUCGACGCCCCGUGCGUCUGCCCCGACCGGCCGUGCAAGCGGCACCGAACGUCGCCGCUGCCGCGCGAGCACCACCGCGGCGCGUCCCUCGAGGCCAUCUUCGAAGGGACGGAUACGACGUGCAAGCACACGGCCGUCGCGCUCGACUACCUGCGGUGCACGACCGAGGCUUCGCAGUACCAGGUCACGUCCACGAAGGACGACACCGUCGUGAGCUGCUCGGCGGCCUGGCUCGACACAUGCGGGUAUGGUCUCGAGGACGUGAUCGGUCGCAAUUUCCGGCACCUGCAGGGGCCGAAGACGGACGCGUGCGUCGUCCGGAGACUCGCCGCGGCCGUCGCCCGGGGCGAGCCCUGCGAAGGCACGCUGAUCAAUUAUAGAGCGGACGGGUCGACGUUUGAGAACGAGUUUGUCAUCGUGCCCGUGCGCCGGUGUCAUAGCAGUGAACCGAGCCACUGGCUCUCGGUGCACGGCGACGCGUCGGCGCUGCACUGGUCGGCGCGGUCGUCUCCAGAAAUACAGCACCGCGCCGUCUCGGUCUCGGGCUCGCGCGGCUCGGACCGGUCGCGGUCCAAAUCCUCGGAGACCGACUCGGACCCGUCGGGCGGCUGGCUCGACCUCGAGCGCGCGCGGUCGCGGUCCGGCUCGCCCGGGUCGUCGUCGGGCUCGUCGUCGGGCCUGUCCGGAUCGGGGUCGCCGGCGGCGCUCGAAACGGCCUUACGGCGAGCGGAGGCCGCCGAGGGCGCGCUGGCCUCGAUGACGCGCCGCGCGGAAAAGGCCGAGAAGGCGCUCGCCGAGCGCGGUACAUAG